CCCGCUUCCACGGUACUCGUAGAGUAACGAGGGUCGGCAUACACAACGUCCACGUGACCGGGCCGACCAUUGUCCCGCGAAGCCUCCCCUGGUCGGUCUAGAGACUGAAAUCUUGGCAAUCCGAGGAAAUGUUCUAGCAAAAAGUGCUCCGCAGGCGUGUCUCUUCAUUCCUCAAAUAUUCAACAUGGGUGUCGCAAAGCGUACGCGCAAGUUUGCGCAAGUCAAGCGCGUAAUUGGCCAAAGAGAUGCUCGACUCGCAAAGAACCAGCUCAAAGGCGGCGAAGAAUCCAAAAAGAAAGUCGAGAGCGAGCAGCCCGUCCGCGAAAUCCCACAAGUCCCAUCGUCUAUGUUCUUCCAGGCCAACGAAGCCCUCGUGCCCCCCUAUAGCGUCCUCAUCGAUACCAAUUUCCUCUCCCAUACCGUUCGCGGCAAACUGGAUCUCCAGACUUCCUUGAUGGAUCUUUUACUCGCAAAGGCAACCCCAAUAAUCACAGACUGCGUUAUGGCCGAGUUAGAGAAGUUGGGCCCCAAGUACAGAAUAGCAUUGAGAAUCGCAAGAGACGAGCGGUGGCAGCGUGUCAAGUGCGAUCACAAAGGAACCUAUGCUGAUGACUGUCUCGUGGAUCGAGUUUUGAAACAUCGAAUCUAUCUCGUCGGAACCAACGAUCGCGACCUCAAGCGCCGCCUGCGUAAAAUCCCCGGUGUCCCAAUCGUCUCCGUUGCUCGUGGAAAAUACGUAAUCGAGAGGUUGCCAGACAACCCAGACAGUCGAUAAUGGUUGUACCUGAGCCGAAAUUGGGCGAAUCGUUUAUAGGAGUGAGGGAUUUCUUUUCAAGCAUAGCGCGGCGUUCAAAAUUCACGAUUAGACUGGGCUGCACCUAGGAUUUCUACAUGGGAGGCUGCUCAUUUCUAGCUGCCCGGAAGUAAGAUGGAAGAAAGUGAGAGACUGGGAUACACCGAAUUCCAUUGAUUUUUGCUAUUACCUGGUAAUCCAAUAACACACAUCCACGUUAAGAGCAGAUUGCUCAUAGACAAGAACUAUCGGUUCGAUUGACACAUGAAAUGGAAGCUUAUAGCAUAUUCACCUGCGUAUGCGGGAAUGUCACGUUUGUAGCACAAUCUGAUG